CAACGCACACCUACACACGUGAAAAGUAACCGAGAAUAAAACGCUGCAGAGGCAAAAAAGAAGAAAAGAGGAGCGAACGUCGGUUCUCUUCUAGAUUCAACACACUUGUCCAAUUUCAUAGCGUUUGCGAUUAUUUUCUACUCAAAAGCCACAACCAAUGCAUCGUAACUUAAUUCAACAACAACUGUGAUCGCCAAACAUCGGAAAAUAAAAAAAAAAAGCACGUCAAGAAUUGCCAACGCUCCACUGCAAAAUCCAACUUCCCCCGCUCCCGCAGGAAGAUAACAAAGAAAAGUGCUACAAAAAGUGCCGAUUUUUCGCAGAAUUUCAACCCAUAAGCAAUACACAUUGUGCAUUAUAAAAGGAGAAAAAUUGCAAAAAAAAAGACGAUAGAAUCCCACACUUGACUCCAAACCAUCGACACCGAUUAUCAAAGAAGUGUCGAGAAGUCCAAAAAACAGCUAGAAGAGUAGCAGUAAUUGGUACCGGAAAACGGCAACUGAGAACCGGAGUCGAGGAGCCCGUUGUUUAGAGCAGGAAGAAUCAAUCGCCAGCUAUGGUCAUGGAUGCGACCCAAUCGCAGCAGCCUUCGCCGCAGUCGGUGGGACGCGAGUUUGUCCGCCAGUACUACACGCUGCUGAACAAGGCGCCCAAUCACUUGCACCGCUUCUAUAACAACAACUCGUCGUACAUCCAUGGGGAGUCCAAGCUGGUGGUGGGUCAGCGGGAGAUCCACAACCGUAUCCAGCAGCUGAACUUCAAUGAUUGCCAUGCGAAGAUCAGCCAGGUGGAUGCCCAAGCCACGUUGGGCAACGGUGUGGUGGUGCAGGUCACCGGUGAGCUGUCCAACGAUGGCCAGCCAAUGCGACGGUUCACCCAGACGUUCGUACUGGCCGCCCAAUCGCCGAAGAAGUACUACGUGCACAACGACAUCUUCCGCUACCAGGAUGUGUACAUCGAGGACGAGCAGGACGGCGAGUCGCGAUCGGAGAACGAUGAGGAGCACGACGUUCAGGUGGUGGGCGGCGUUGGUGGCACUGUGGAUCAAGCAGUUCAGGUGGCGGGCGAUGUGGUCGCCCAGCAGCCGCAGCAACAGCAGGCGCCUCCGCAGCCGCAGGCCCAGGUGGUGGUGCCUCAGCAGGUGGCUCCUGUAGCGGCCGGUGGUGCUGCCCCGCAGCAGAUCUUCUACCCAUUGCCAGCGGGAGCUGCUGCCGUACGUCCAGUGGCCGUUUUGCCGCCAGCCCCGCAGGCAGCAGCGGUUCCACUGCCCGCCCAGUUCACCGUACCGCCGCCACAGCCCAUCCAGAAUGGAGUGGUGUCGCACGAGGAACUGCAGCAGCAGCAGCAGGUGCUGGUCCCGCCCAGCGUUUCUCCUCUGGUGCAGCAGCAGCCGCCAAGCGCCACACCGGUGCUGCCCAUUGUCCCGGUGCCAAGUGCAGGCUUCCAGCUGUCGCCACUGGUGGCACCACAGCUCAUUCAGCAGCAGCAGCAGCAACCUCCACAGCUGCCCCCGCAGCAACAGCAGCAACCCAUCCAGCAGCAGCCCUUGCAGCAGCAGCAACAGCCGCUGGCGGAACCCGAGGAAGUCGAGGUUCCUCCGCGACAGCUGCAGAAACCACCCACGCCCGUCGAUGACUUCAAGACCAUCCACGAGCAGCAGCAGCAGGAGAAGUACGAGGCCGCCAAGCAGCAGCAAAACGAGCCAAAGACCUACGCGAAUCUGUUCAAGUCCACGUCUUCCUCGCCGAGCGGCUUUGUGAAUGCCGCUCUGCAGCAGCAGCAGCAACUCCAGCAGCAGCAGCAACAGCAGCAGUCGAUCAGCAGCAACACUUAUAGCUCGUCGUCGGGAUCCGCGGGCGGCGGCAACGGCGGUCAGGUCAGCUACUCGACCACCGCUUCUUCCUACAACAAUAGCAACGGCAACUCCCGACUGGACAACGGCGGUCCGUUGCCGCAGCGCAACAACUCGAUCCGGAACAACAAGGGUGACUUUGAGCAGCGUCGUCCGAGCAACACGCAGCAAUUCGGCGAUAAUCAACAAUUGUUUCUGGGAAAUAUACCACACCACGCCAGCGAGGAUGAUUUGCGCGAUCUGUUCUCGCGCUUCGGUAAUGUUCUGGAGCUGCGCAUCCUGUCCAAGGCUGGCAACAAGGUGCCACCGGGCAUGCGCAGUCCGUUGAACUACGGCUUCAUUACCUACGACGAUACCGAGGCGGUGCAAAAGUGCCUAGCCAAUUGCCCCCUGUACUUCCCGGAGAACUCACCAGACGGCCAGAAGUUGAAUGUGGAGGAGAAGAAGCCGCGCGUCCGCAACGACAUGCUGCCCCGUCAGCCGAUCGGUGGCAACAAUCUUAACAACAACAUGGGACGUUUGGGCGGCAACAACGGUCCGCAGUCGCGUCCAAUGGGAAACAACAACGGCAGCGGAGGCGGAAUGAUGCGUAACAAUCCCGGAGGCAACAAUCUGCGCCAGGGAGGCGGCGGUGGAGGCGGAAACGGAGCUCCGCGCCUGGGCGGUGGCGGUGGAUUCGGGCAGCGCCAGGAUAACCGCACCGGCGGUGGCAACAACCAGUCCAACGGACCGCUGCGCGGCGCCGGAAAUGGACAGACCAGUGGUGGCAACUACGGACGUCGCUAAAGGAAUUCCUCAGCACAUCAGCAAAAGCAUCCACAACUACAGCAGCAGUAGCCACAAAAACAAGAACAGCAACAACCCAACGUUAAGAACAUCAACUUCUUCCACAAUGCAAUCAAUCAAUUACAUUCAAGAACAUCUCAUGCAAUUAAAACACACAAAGACACGCAAAUCACACUAAACAUAAAGUAGUUGGAGCAACAAAAAAUGUCAACUGUCCUUUAAAUGUUCCUGAGCGCAACUCGGGGCGUCGAGCUAAAACAAAAAACAAUGAGUAACGUCAAGGUCUUGGAGUCUCUCCUUAGUUUAAUUGCGUUAGGCUCGCUUUUUCCAGCCAGUUCGUGCCAAAAUAUACCGAAAUUCUGUGCAAAUCUCUGUUGUGAAUCCAAAAUGAACGCUUCAGCUCGUCAACUGCUACUCUCUACCACCCACCACUCCCCCCCACGGAAUCAUCCACAUCAUGAAACACGUGUAUUAAGUUUAAGUCUCAAUCAAGCACAUCCAUCAGAUAAACACUCAUCGAACAAACACAAACAGACGGCAGACACACACACACACACACACCCAUCUUAGCAUAAACGUAAACUUUAAUUUUCAGCUAUCGUUUGGCAAAUCACUUUCAACAAAAAUUUAACUUAAGUUCGCAAGAUGAGAGAAAUUGGUUUAAAAAAAAAAGGAAAGGAGUAAUGCAACACAUUUUCGUUUGUUUUUUCAUUUAAUAACCACAAAUUCUUAAGCUAAAUAAAAGAAGAAAUUAAAAGGGAAAACUUAAAAAAUUUAGCUAAAAGAUAUAAACAGAAAAAAAAAAAAACAAACAAAAAAAUGAAAAACCUUUGUAAAAUGCAAUAAAAAAGAGCAAAAGAAAGACUUGAAAAAAUAAAUCUAAAAACAACAAAAAAAUGGUAACACGAGAAAAAUGUAAGGCGCGGUUAAGCAAGCAAAACAACAAGAUCAAGCAAAAACACACAAGAACACAAACCUCUUGAAAAACAUUGAAAAUGAAAAGAAAAUCAAUUUAGCACCCAGCCGCAUGGAUGAAAAGUGAGGAAAAAAAACGCAUCAACGUCAACGUAAAGCGCCCCGUAAAGUCCGCCGCAUUUUAGAGCCUGUAAACCUUUUGCUACUUAAAUCUAAUUUGCAGACACUGACACGUUUAACUAGCUAGUCUAUAUAGGGAAUCGGAUCGAAAGAUUAUGGAGAUGGAGAGUUUGUGAGAGGGCAAAUGCGGUGCCGGCGCCGCAGCGGGGGCGUGGUCGAUGCAAUCGAUGAGGGACGGACGGACGGAUGGAAUGUGUUUUCGCUUUUUUUUUCGUUCUGUGUAAUGAGUUCAAGGUCGUAAACCAAACUAAGUCAAGCAACUUAAACGAUUUGGUGUUUCCAACGCAGUUGUGAACUAAAAUUUAGUACAUAUUUUUUAAAUAAAAUCAAGAAAAGCCCUAAAAAAAAAACUGAUGAGAACCAUAUAAAACACACAAAACUUAUUAUAAUAGUUGGAAGACAAAACGCAAGCUACUAACAUUUUUCUCAAGGUAUAAAACAAGCAAAACAUGUAACAAAAAAUAUAUACAAAUAUAUAUAUAUAUAAAUAAAAAGAA